AUGAGUUCUACGAAAGCAAAGAAGAAGCAAACGACAGGGACAACCAGCGAAACGACAACAACAACUACAACGACACAAGAACAGCAACAAACGGCAUGGGGAGGAAGGUACCUCGGAGUUCGAAGAAGACCAUGGGGACGAUACGCCGCUGAGAUUCGCGAUCCUUCGACGAAAGAAAGACACUGGUUAGGAACAUUUGACACUGCUGAAGAAGCUGCUUUAGCUUACGACAGAGCCGCACGUGGCAUGCGUGGGUCACGUGCUAGAACCAAUUUUGUUUACGCCGAUACACCUCCUGGUUCUUCUGUUACUCCAAUCCUCUCCCCCGACCAACAACAACGACAAGAACAAGCUUUUCAUGAACUUUCGUUUGUUCUUCAACAUGAACCGGAGAUGUUUCCGGUUCAACGUAACCCGGUUCAGUCUCUCGACUCGGUUUCUUUCCUAACAUCCUCCGGUAAUUACGGUUACGGUUAUGGUGAGGAAAAUAAUAAUAGUAAUUAUUUUAAUAGUAUUAAUUUUAAUAAAUAUAACCUUCCUCCUCAAGUUCCUCUUGCUACAUUGGAGGCCAGUAUUAAUAAUAAUACUCAUGGAAAUGAAAAUUCCCAUUUUAACCAACAAGUGUUUUUUGAAGACGUUGUUGUUAGUAGUAGUAGCAGCAGUAACAGCAUUGAACUUCCUCCUUUGCCGCCGGAUAUUACUAGCUCCGCGUGUUAUGAUCCGGCGUUCAACGGCGGUGAUAAUGAUCAUGGGUAUUAUUAUUCAUCAUGGGAGCAGAAUGUUGGAGGUGAUUGUUAUAAUAAUCAAAUGGUGGGUACAAAUAUUGGAGGUGCAGAGAAUAAUGUUGUGGCAGGUUCUAUUGAUGGUUUUGAUUUUGGAGGCUCUUCCUUUUUCUUUUGA